ACCCCCUGCAUUCCUGUGCAGGAUCUUUGGAAAGAUAGAAGUAGAGCGCGAGUUUAGGCAGGGUGGCGCUUUCUCCCUGGCAACGGAGGGGUGGGGCUCUGCUUUGCUCAGUUCUCUUCGUGGAGUGACAGCUUAAUCCCUGUUGGGUGAGGCGGAAUGCGUGCAUCAGACCCAUAAGGAUUCGCAUUCCGCUUUUUUCCUUUCACUUCGAGAAUCUCUCGGUGGAGUUUGGAGUCUCAGAAGCUCAAAAUGUCGCGAAGUUUCUCUGACAUGGGUAGCAAGAAAGAACAUGUUAAAAUCACAACAGAACAAAAGCCUGGGUUUCUGGAGCGCCUCAGUGAGACUUCUGGAGGGAUGGUCAUUGGACUUGCCACAUUUGCACUUUCCUUCUACAUUCUUUUUACCAAUGAGGGGCGAGCUUUGAAGACAGCCUGCUCUCUCGAAGAGGGACUUUCUCUAGUGAUCUCUCUCGACAACAUCCAGAAUGUAUUACAAGAGAAUGAAAGGAAACUAGUGCAUCUUUCUGGUGCCCUUGGAACCUCAAAGCCUUUGUAUGAUCCCAGCUAUGGACUUUCUAUCCGGGCAGUCAAGCUCAAGCGUCAUGUGGAGAUGUAUCAGUGGGUGGAGUAUGAAGAUUCCAAAGAAUAUGAAGAGAAUGGGGAAGUGAAGAAGGAAACCAGAUAUUCGUAUAAUACUGAAUGGAAAUCGGAAGUUGUGAACAGUAGAAAUUUUGAUCGAGAAAUUGGUCAUAAAAACCCUAGUGCCAUGGCUGUUGAAUCUUUCACUGCAAUUGCUCCUGAUGUCCAAGUGGGCAGGUUCUUUCUUUCCAAAGGUCUUGUUGAGAAGAUUGAUAACUUCAAACAGUUGAGCUUGUCAAAACUGGAAGAUCCCCAUGCUGAUGUGAUCCGUUCAGGGAAUUACUUCUUUCACAGUGAGAAUCCUCGACGUCCAGAAGUAGGAGAUCUUCGUGUUUCAUUCUUCUAUGCAGGUUUGAGUGAAAACCUGCCCCACCUGGGACCAGCAGAUAGGGUGACAGUAGUUGCUCGUCAACACGGGGACCAAUUAGUGUCAUACCAAACCAAAUCUGGGGAUGUCUUGCAGAUUCUCUAUCCUGAUGAGCUCUCUGCAGAGGAGGUGUUCCAAAAAGAACACGAGGGCAACAGCAUGAAGACUUGGGGCCUACGUGCAGCUGGAUGGUUGUCUAUGUUUGUAGGCAUUGGCCUUAUGACCAGAAUUUUUUACACCCUGGUGGAUUGGUUUCCAGUACUCCGGGACCUGGUUAACAUCGGCCUGAAAGCAUUUGCCUUUUGUUUAGCCACUUCUCUGUCCCUACUGACCAUUUCAGUGGGCUGGCUGUUCUACCGGCCUCUUUGGGCAGGACUGAUUGCCCUGCUGGCUGCAGUUCCCAUAGUGAUUGCAAGGUCCCGGGUUCCACCCAAGAAGCAGCUGUGACAGCAUGAAGAAUGUGCCUCAGGGUGCGCACCUGAAUCCCUGUGCAGUCGUGAGACAUCCAGAGCUUCUCAACUAUUACCAUUGUGUGUAUUCUUUUACAAAACAAAAACUCCUUUACAUGGCAAUCAGACAGCAGAGAAUUCCACGAUGGACCUAGAUGCAAAACAUUUGUACAGUUUUUAGUACGUAACCAAGUGGAAAAAUUGCAAGUGUCCCAAUUUGUCUUUUAUAAGAAGUUGAUGGAAGCAUAACGGUAGAAAUAAAUGAAAGAUUUUUUUUGCAUGCCUGUCAGGCCCAGGAUGUGACUCAGGAACCAGACCAACGGCUGUAGUUAAUUCGUGUUUUAUUAGGGUAAUGUCCAAACAAAGACUGCAUUUUCUCAUGAAGCAAUACAGGGAUACAGGUCCUGCGGCAUUGGGAGAAAGUUGACAGAGCAAGGGACUUCUUCCCGCCUGUUCUUUAAGAAGGGGCCAAACGGGCGCGCAAUCUUUCGCUCCUCCUUAACUGCCCCUCAGGUACUGCCCGCCUUCCCCCCCUUCUCUCCUGUCUUUUCAGCUGUCUGCGUGUGCGCGGUGAGGGGGGAAGCAUCACCCCCUCCUCUUCUGAAGUUUCCGAUUCCAGGAUGGGGGAUAGGGGAGGGGCUGAUGGUAAACUGCCUCCCUGCUUUUCGGCUGUGAGCAGCCCUCCCUCUUUCCCCUCUUGCUCUGAGCCUGAAAGAGGGGGAGGCGUGAGAAUGUCCAGGGAGGGCUCAGGCUCCCCGUUGCUAAGUGACCUUAUCACUGGCAGUUCCUCUGUUUCGUCUUCGCUCCAAAGGGGGGAAGUUCCUCCCCCUUCCCUCUGCCAUCCAUCCGAAUACUCUUCUCCCAACUCUCCGGGAUCCAGCUCCCCGGGAUUGGGACCCCAGCUCUGCCUUCCGACAAUGCCUGAUGUGACACCCUUCCCUGGCUCUCCCUGUCAGGUUCCUACCUGCGCGUGGCUACUGCCUGUCACUAGGCACCACCAGGGACUCCACCAGUCCGGACUGUCCUUUUUUAUUGUUUCUCUCCCCGCUCUAGCACAGAUCUCAACAGAUCCCCCUGCUAGGCAACCACCAGUCACGUCCUAAUACUAGUAUUACCAGAGACUCUGAAUACUGGUAUUGUUAUUCUCUUCACUGCUGCCACCAUUUGUUACAGUUUCCCUUCAGACUUGGUCAUUACCUUACCCUCCCUUCUGGUCUGUGAAACCCCAGCCAAGGAUUAGGCCUUUGGUAAACCAAAUUAAGUAUUUAUUAAAGAUAACAAAGCUAACAAGAUUAACAAGAUUUCUUCUUAAGACACAUAAGCAUAUGGUUUUACUCAAUACUAAUCUGAACUCCACCCCCCUCCUUCUCCACUCUCUCCUGGCAAACCACUCUCUCAAACCCACCAAACAACCCACUCUUUCUCUUCUCCCCCCAGAUUCCACUCUCACUCUUCCUUUUAUACGUUCAGCCAUUUUAAACACUCAGCCAAUCAUCUAGCAUUCUACUGCCCAUUCACUCCCCCUCCUCUUUCACUCCACUUACCAUGUAUCUUCUAAACAACCAACACUUACCAUAUAUACAUUAAUAUAGGAACAUCACACCUGACAUUAAGCACGAAGCUGCCUUUGCAGUUUGAUUAAAAUAUCUGCCAGCCCUCAUAAAGGAAGGAUAGGUGGUAUGUAGUCUUGAUGAGGACCAGAUCAGGCUUUGAAAACAGUGUGUAAAUCAUUAUAGUUUUUUAUUCUGCCUUUUUCUCAUUUAUCUCUGCUGACUGUAGGUUAUAUAUUUUUAAAUGCAUGCAACUGUUUUAUCUCAUUUAACUUGCUCCGUGCUAUUCUACUUUUAAUCCUUGGGUGCUUUUCCCGAGUAUUUUAAGUAAGGUUUGGUGUAGGAGCUUAAAUAUGAUGCAAGGGGUGAAAUGGCCCCCUCUUGGCCAUGUUAAAGUGUUUAUUGAUCCUUUUUCUUCUACUGUUAUCACUGAGUACCUAGAGCUUUGUCUUGUUCGCAUUCACUUUAUUUCAAAGUCACACCAAACUGGUAGGUGGUGCAUGACCUCGGUUGGAUUUGUACCUGUGGUCAUUCUUAACAGGACGAACCGACUCUAUUUACAAAAAUACAUGUAUCACUUUUAAUGACUUGAUUGGGAAAUUAUGACUUAAAACCAAAGCUAAAGCAACAGCCUGAGGAUAUGGUCUGUCUUGCAUUUAAGCAGGUGAAUAUGUUACUUUUACUGAAAGGUACAUUAUGUAAACAGUAAUUACUAGCAACAAUAAUUUAUGUAAGGUUGACAGGGAUAUUUCUACAUAGAAACCUCUGUAGGGUACAGCUACUGAUUUGUAUCCAUGCCUUUUAUCCUGCUGCAUCCCAUUGUAGUUCGAAAUAGAGGGUAGGCUACAUACACUUAAACCUCAGUUUUUCUUCAGUGAUUUUAGGGUUUUUUUCCCCCUGGGUCAUUACUAGGAGUUAAUCACAUUGUUGUUAAAUUCCUCAUGGUGAUUACCACAUGAGAGACAUUCUGGAAAGUGGAUGAUGGCUCUUAAUAUUGUCCAGAUUAAUACAGUCCUAUUCUUGGAGUUUGACUACUGCUGGGCAUGGAGUCCCUGGAUCACAUAGUCUGGUCACUGGUGGAAUAGAUAGAUGAUCUCAACAUUUCAACACAGUCCAGACAAAGAGGAAUGGAUACCAUCUGCUGCUUAAGAAGCUUGUGAUGGCACUGUUUAACAUUUUGUUAUUGCAUCGACUGUGUGCUAGACACUAGUAUGGAAGAAGUAUUAUGCCUGUAUUUUUUUAAGCUAAGAGGGCAAAUUCCAAACUGUAUUUGUAUACUUUACAGUAGCAACUUUUGAAAUUAUUGCGUUGUGGGUUUUUUGUGUGUGGAAGUGUCAGAUUUUUAUAUUCUCUGAAUAAAACCUUCAAGAGUGGAA